GUGCAUACCACACAUACAGUCCAGUCACCGUGCAGCUGCUGGUUUAACGGAGCCUGCUGCUGGACAAAGCCGUCCAUUCACGGCAUGUUACUUACAGCUCAGCAAGCGCGGUCAAAAUAAUCCUGCCAUGAAGGGGUUAACCUGAUCAUUGCCUCAUAAAAUAUCUUCUUGUAUGAGCUAUAGAGACGUGUCACUUUACAGUACAGGCUUACAGGUGUGGCUAGCACAAUCAUGGAGAAAUAAAACAUUUCUCCAUGGUACAAUCGAACCCGAAUAAGAGCACUGUUUAAGUCGGGGGCGGAUCUAGCAUUCAAGUAAAAGGGGGGAUGGGCAUACUGAAGGGACAUGCCCUGCUAAGGGUCAUCAUGCACCGUUCCCCGAUGAAAAGAAAACUCCAAAAGUUACAGUAUUAAUUUCUCCUCUAAUCUAAAACUAUCGAACUAAUUGUUUAUGGACGGCGCAAUCCUCGUGCAGGAUUUUUUUAUUCGUUUCUAGUCAUUUCACUGGUGAGAUCCCUUUAGUCCGCGGCUAAAUGGGGGGGGGGGUAACCACCGCAAGAUUCGCCUCUGAAAGUGUUGUUUCUAUGGCCUUGACCAAGGCAUGUACGUGACAUGGCUUGUGUUAUUGCUAAUAAUUAUAGUUCAGCCAUGGAUAAGAGAAAAACGAAUUCCCCAACAGUGCAUGGCCUUUUUACAUCGAGUCCCCGACAACCCCACGACCCGGUUAUUGUGUUGUGUGUCUACUGAAUACUCGUUCUCGUUCAUGAAUGACUUAGAGUUGGUUGAAUAACCCACGCAGUCAUGGCCUGCAACAGAGCCACUCCCUGAAUGCUCUGUACACAGCGCAAUGCUCAUCCACCAAUGCAUAUAGCCCUCGGUUGCAGUGCCAUGUGCUGCGCAGUUAGGUUGAGUCUAGCGAAGUGAACAACUUAGUUUUUCCCAAAACUUGCGGAGUUGAUGUCAGUCCCACUCGCAAGUUAGACAUUCAUUCGACUGAGGACUCCGAACAUCUAGAAGUGUGACCCGCUACACGACUGUCUGAAAACCAGCGUCUAGUCACUCCACUGACCUACACAGCAAGAUAAAGCAACCGUCAUAAUGCUUUUCGAGGACAUCUUGCAUCAUGUUGGGAAUUUCGGCAAGUACCAAAAACUCGUAGUCCUGGCUCUAUGCCUGAUACAGCUUCCAACAGCGUGUCAGUUCCUAGCUCAAGUGUUCCUGGCCGCCAACACCGAUCAUUGGUGCUUGAUUCCGGCAAGCGAGGCUAUCAACUGCACUCAACUUCAGCUGGACUCUGUGUCUGCCUGUCAGGAGGCACAGAAGAACGAGAGCAUACCGUAUGAGCUGGACGACGACGGGAAGCGAGUUUAUUCCUCGUGUGAGCGGUACGCGACUGCUGAGGACGAUGGCGAUCAAGGUUGGAAUUCCACGGAUGUCAUCGCCUGUGAUGCUGGGUGGGAUUUUGACCGGUCGCGCUACAAGUCCACAAUCAACGAGGAGUUCAGUCUGGUUUGUGAGCGGGGAGAUUUCGCUGGUAUUGCUCAGUCUGUCUGGUUCGUAGGUUUACUAGCGGGUUCCUUUGUGUGGGGAUCGGUAGCUGACUGGCUUGGCCGAAAGUUUGCCUUCUUCUUCAGUCUUUUUCUCGUCACUAUUUCAUCCAUUGUGACGAGUUUUGUACCCAACUUUGCAGCUUACAUGGCUAUGCGGUUCAUCACUGCAGCUUGUGGCUACGGAGCUAGCCUGAUAGCUUCCAUUGCAUCAACGGAGAUAGUUGGGCCUCAGAAACGUGUUUUGGUUGGUACUCUGCACUCGAUCGCCUUCGCACUGGGUUUCUUGCUCUUAUCCUUUGUGGCUUUCUUUGUACGGGAAUGGCGCCAUCUACAGUUGGCAAUAUCACUUCCUUAUAUCCCUGGAUUCCUACUGAUCCUAAUCUUUCCUGAGUCACCGCGUUGGCUGAUAUCGAAAGGCAAGUUCAGUGAAGCUAAGAAGAUCAUCCGUAAAAUUGCCAAAGUCAACGGCACAACGGUUUCUGAGGACGUAAUUAAUAAGAGUCGUGAAACUGGACCUACCGACGAACAGAAAAAGGAGGUUCCGUCUGAUGCAGCACGACGAGUGACACACUUGGAUCUCUUCCGAACCCCCAACUUGCGGAAGAAAACUCUAGUAAUGUGCCUUGACUGGUUUGCUGCCAUCAUGGUGUUUUACGGGCUGUCUCUGAGUACUCAAGCCCUUGGUGUCGACGACUACAUCGCUGCCUUCGUGUCCGGAGCUGUUGAGAUUCCAAGCUACCUUUUCUGUUGGUUCAUAAUGGAGCGAAUCGGCAGGCGUCUCUCAUUGGUCGGAUUCUACAUUUCUGCAGGAGUAUUCUGUUUCAUCAGCAUUUUCAUUCCCUUGGGUCCAGCGCGGGCAGCAGUAGCCAUGGCAGGGAAGUUUGCUGUCAGCGGGGCUUUCAGCCACAUCUACAUCUACUCCUGUGAAAUCUAUCCGACGGUUGUCAGGAGCAUCGGCAUGGGUAUGUCUUCCAUGGCAGGGCGUAUCAGCGGCAUUCUCUGCCCCAUCAUUCUGCUCCUUGGCAAGUACUGGGAACCGCUUCCUCUGUGUGUCUUCGCUGGAAGCUCCUUACUGGCCGGGACACUGUCGCUGAUGCUGCCUGAAACCCUGGGCCGGGAAUUGCCUGACACCAUCGAGGAAGGGGAGAAGUUUGGAAAGGGCCCGGGAUCUCAUCUGUUCAGCAAGAGUGACCAGGAUAACACUACCACCACCGCCAGCCAUCUUAGCAACUACUUGCCUCUGUCAAGACUCGACAGAAAAUCCGAUGAAAAUGUGUCUGUUUGAAAUCCUUGCAGUUGGAUUGUUGAGCGUCAAGUUACACCAAUGCAUCAGUUACUUUCCAAUCGGAUGCUUUUCCAAAGAGAAGAGAGUUUUUCGUGUAUUUUUUUGACGAUUUUAUGAAAUUGGUGUGAAACUAAGUUUUGCUUGCCAUUUCAGUUUUUUUGGGGGGGGAAAGCCUGUAUUUAGGUACUCUACCUAUUUAACUCCUUGGCCAAAGGAAAAUGAGGAAAACUGGCAACUGUAAAACAGUAACAUUUAAGUUUGAAUAUUUAUAAUUUCAGGGGCCACGAUCUGUGAACGUCUAUGAGAGCUCGUUCUGCUGAAAGGGUUACAGCCGUUACAAUACGGCCGAUAUAAAAUUUAAGAAUGUUUUCGAACCGAGUUUAGUUGGAAGAGGGGUAAUAACUUUAUUUCUUAAAACGAUUGUUCAUUCAAAUUCGGCAGUGCAAUCACUUCCAAGAAAGUUGCUAAUAUAUUGCCUGCUUUAAUUUCAUGGUGUAUACUGUAUAAUUAAUUUUGUAAUUUUUUUUAGCCCUGCCCGACGUGUAUUAUAAUAUUAUAAUAGUUGUUUGCGGUACCUGCUGCUACAUCUGACUCGAACCAGCAAGUCGACACCGGCAAGCUCGGUGGUUGAGCGUGUAAGACGUCUGCACCGCGGACGUAUAUAAAAAAAACUGGACGUGCAAUGCCUUUGUAUGAAAUAGAAGCCAACCAGCCGCCAUUUUAUCGAGCCGAAUACAGAUGCGCGGGUUGGCUCGCUUCUAUGGACGCCAGAGAGAACAAAGGCGGGCAUUGCCAGGCAAGCUUCGUAUUUGGCUCUGUAAAAUGGCUGCUAGUGGAUUCAGUGAUUUCUACAAGCUGAUUAAGGGCAUUGCGAGUCCAGACUUUCUUUUAUAUAUACCCAGCAAGAAAUGAGACCGAGGGGUACC